UAAUUGUAGCUUACUAGUUAAAAUAUCUCAUCGUAUAUAAUUUAUCUUCUUUUUAGUAAUUAAAAAUUAUAGUUGAUUUAUUAAAAUAGAAUAAAUUAAAUAUUAAAAAAAAAUUAAUUUCUUAUAAAAUUGAAUUCAUCGUUAAUAUAAAAAUAAACAAAAAUAUAUUAUGGAAAUUCAAGAGACCUUUGUAAAUUUCUCUUUCAAGUUUGACAAAAUGAAGACAAUAGGCUUGCAAGAUAUUUACCGAAUAUUUACAAGGAAAAAAGUGAUUAACACAUCUUCGGAUACAGAAUUAGCGAGAUGCCUUUCAACAUUGGAUCUUACAGCUUUGGGAAUAGGCUCAACACUUGGAGUUGGAGUUUAUGUAUUAGCAGGAUCUGUUUCUCGUGAUAUUGCAGGCCCUGCUGUUAUCAUAUCUUUUGCAAUCGCAGCCUUAGCAUCGAUGAUAGCAGGUUUAUGUUAUGCAGAAUUUGGAGCAAGAGUACCAAGAGCUGGUUCAGCUUAUGUUUAUAGUUACGUAACAAUGGGCGAAUUUGUCGCCUUCCUCAUAGGUUGGACCCUAAUUCUCGAAUAUGUAAUUGGUUCAGCGAGUGUUGUUCGUGGAUUAAGUACUUAUGUCGAUGCACUUUGUGAUAAUUCAAUGAGAAGAGCAUUUGAAUCAGCGGCUCACAUCAGUGUCAAUCAUCUUUCAUCGUAUCCGGAUUUUUUUGCAUUUGGCGUCACUCUCGCUUUUUCCGCGGCUCUUGCUUUUGGAGCAAAAGAAUCAUCAUUGGCAAAUAAUAUAUUCACAGUAAUAAAUUUAUCAGUGGUUCUAUUUGUCAUUUGUGCCGGAGCUUUUAAAGCAAAAGUUGAAAAUUGGAAAACUGAGCCUUCAUGUACAGAAGAAAGUUGUAAAUUUGGAACGGGAGGGUUUGCACCGUACGGUAUAGUUGGAAUUAUAUCAGGUGCUGCGACAUGUUUUUAUGGAUUUAUUGGAUUCGAUUGUGUUGCAACAACCGGAGAAGAAGCAAGAAAUCCACAAAAAUCAAUACCAAUUGCCAUUGUCACAUCUCUUUUAGUUGUUUUUCUUGCUUAUUUUGGCGUUUCCGUUGUUCUCACAAUGGUUUUACCAUAUUAUGAACAAAAUCCAGAUGCACCGUUCCCAUAUCUUUUUGAUAGAAUUGGAUGGUCAUGGGCAAAAUGGCUUGUAUCUAUUGGCGCUAUAAGUGGAUUAUGUGCCAGUUUACUUGGUGCAAUGUAUCCAUUACCACGAGUGAUUUACGCAAUGGCAUCGGAUGGACUCAUAUUCAAAUGGAUGGGAAAAGUAAAUUCACGCUUUCAUACUCCAAUGAUGGGGACAUUCUCGGCUGGUUUACUCACAGGAACUCUUGCUGCUAUUUUUGAAUUGCAUCAAUUAGUCAACAUGAUGAGUAUUGGAACUCUUUUGGCCUACUCCAUUGUUGCUGCCUGUGUUCUUGUUCUUCGAUAUGAGGAAAGUGAAACGAGUGAGAAAAAAAAUGAUAACAUUCAACUAAAUGUUGUUUCAAUCGUAAAACUGAUAAUAAACGUUAAUAAAACAACACAAGCAACAAAAUUGACAUCUCGCCUUGUGUCAUCGCUCGUUUUUCUUUAUGUAAUUCUUUGUGUCUGCUUGACUUCCUUAAUCUCGAUGUUCUCAAGAAAUAUCUAUCAUUUCGAAAUGACAAUUCUUGUGCCAUUUAUCAUUAUAAUUUUGGCAAUGAUAGCGAUACUUGUUUGUAUAUAUUUACAACCAGUAUCUGGAAAAAGGCUCAGUUUUUCUGUUCCUUUAGUGCCAUUUUUACCAGCAUUCAGUAUAUUAAUUAAUGUUUAUUUAAUGAUGAUGCUAGAUGGAAUGACAUGGAUACGAUUUAUAGUCUGGAUGACAAUUGGUCUUAUUAUCUACUUUUCCUAUGGAAUUCAUAAUAGUAAAGCUUCUACUGUCAAUCAACGAAAUUCAAUUAGAUCUAUUCAUCUGGAUGUAAGGAGAAAUUCUCUAAAGUUUACGUGAUCAAGAAAAAAAUAAUUAAAUAAACGAAACUAAUCGAAAUCAUUAUACAUCAGUGAUCUGGGGUGCAAUUAGGAUAUUUUUUUUUUUUAAAUAAAAUUAUAAAGACUAGGCCUGUGCGAUAGAUCAAUUAUUGAAAUUUUAAAAAACCAGUUUACCGUUUUUAAUACCGCAUAGGCUUAACAAAGACAAGCUCAAUUUUUUUUACGUAAUUAAAAUAUUAUUUAAGUUAUUAUUAAUAGCAAUUUUUUUUUUUCAAUACAAUUUUAGUCAGUGUUUUCAUAUUUACGGACAAAGUUUGAAAGAAAAUUACGUUAUAUAUAAUUAUUUUUAAAAAGGAUUUUUAAGAAUGUAAUUAAGAUUAAAAUGUAAUUUUAGAUAAUUUAAAUGUACAAGUAUAUUAUAUUAUAGUAGAGAUUUUUACAAAAGAAAAUAUAUCUAUAUUUAAAAUA